AUGCCGCCAGUCAGCAAAUGGACGCCGAUUGCGCGAUUCCCGGUCACCAAACUUAUCAGCCAACAUGUUAAGAAGUUUGCGGGCAAGAAGAUCAAUGCGCAAUCAGGAUAUGUGAGCGAGCAGCUAUGCUCGCACUCACUCCAACGCCUAUCUCCGUACCUCCUCCGCAACAAACCACUGGAUAUCAUUGAUCUAUGGCCAGGAGAUGGAGUUUGGUCCUCCCAGGUCAACGAAUACCUCCAGCCCCGUCGGCAUAUUAUGAUUGAACCAGACUUAGACGCAUACGGACCCUUACUCAAACCAUUGGCCAAAACAAAAUCAUCUUUUAAGCUCGCAUCUGGAAACAUCUACACUACAAAUUGGACCGAUGUAUUCAGCAAAUACCUACCAGAACAAUCUCCACCAGAAAAGACCUCGGGAGGCAGCUUACCCAAAAACGACACUCUAUUAGUCCUCGCCAAACCACCCAUCCCCAAUUCGCCCAAGGACCAUUACACCCCGGCACGAUGGUGGGCCGCAGUCAUGGAAAGCUGCAUGUUACAAACAGGACUAAAUGCGUACGGCAGUGUACGAAUCCUGGCUACCUUCCCCCUUCUCGAAAUACAAUCAAUCCUCCCCCGGACCGUCUUCGAUCGCAAGCGCCCUGCUCUCCUAACAGAAAAUGUGGCAUUACAUGCCUUCGAAGUGGCCAGUAGCUACGAACCUGAGCCCUGGUAUAGUCUUAAAACAUGGGACUCCAUUCAACACAACUUCCGGCGUGUAGCCGAGAGAGCUACAACCCAAGGCGUGGAAACUCCUCUUGGUCGCGAAGGACCUGCACUAGAAUUAGCGCCCGAUAGCCCGAAACCCCAAAAGGGAAUCCCGUAUCACCCCCGGGCUCGCACAGAAGGUCACGAUCAUUUCAUGCAAAUCAUUGAAAAGCACGCGAAAAUGGAGGCCAAAAGUACCCCUGAUGAUCCUAAAUUGGUUAAAUCCAAACGCGACGCGAGCAGAGCUAUGACGUCACUAAAAUUUGACAAUCACACUGCGUUGAUCCGAGAAAGCUUGACUUCCGACCAGAUGGCGAUUGACGGGCGAAUGCGAGAUCUGUCUAUUGCCGCUGCAGAUCCCAAUGUUACCGCUACCAAGCUACAGGAGCUUGAUAAGGAGGUUGGGGAUAUGCAAAGCGCCUUGACGGAGCGGAUCUCUCAAAUUCACUUCCGUUUACAUCGUAGCUGGGAUCGGAAUUUGGAUGAUGCUCGAAUUGAAGCUCGGUCUAAGAAUUUGGAUGACUCCGUUCUCCUCUGGGAUAAGCGACCUUUUCAGCCUCUGCAUAUCAAGUCCGACGAAGUGUUCCCCGGCGCGGCGCGAACAUUGGUGUAUUUCGAAGCUGAAGAGAAACCCGCUUCAAUUUACGGACUACGCAAUGUCCCUGUUGAAAAGCGCCAACAAUUGAUGCAGCUCUUUGAGGCAUUGUCCGGUGCUUUCGGCACCCGUCACCAUAUGACCAUUGCCGAACUGACAGAUGCCAUUUUCCCCGGGCGCACGGCAAAUGAGCUCGUCCAGUCCAUGCCCGGCCUCAUUAAAUACGCAGCGAAGCGACUCAAACCAAACUGUGGACCCAAGCCACUGCCCGACGGCCACACCAACCCCGAAGAGUGUUACCAAGAAAACAUCGAUUACGAUCUAAGUGACUGCCGACUACGAUGCCUCCCAGCGCAAACAUUAUGGGAAAUCGUGCUGGAAUACCAGAAGGAUGCGCUGGAUCUCUCAUCGCUUCAAUUCCUUCGACUUCUUGGGGGAACUCUGACGUCCUUUCGGGCCGGGGACUACUCCGUAUACGAGGCUAAAAGUAUGCGCUAG